AUGAAGUUUCGACAAACUUCAAACUUCAAAGUUGAAACCAUGUCUGGAAAAAGAAGCAAUGACAGUAAAUCAAGUGGAAGUAAGGCAAGCGAAAGUAAACAAAGCGGAAAUAAGCCAAGCAGAAGUAAACCAAGCGAAAAUAAGCCAAGCAGAAGUGAACCAAGCAGAAGUGAACCAAGCAGAAGUAAACCGAGCAUAAGUAAACAGAGCGGAAGUAAGCCUAACAUAAGUAAACCGAACGGAAGUAAACCGAACGGAAGUAAACCGAACGGAAGUAAACCGGACAGAAGUAAGCCAAACGAAAUUAAACUGAGCAGAAGUAACCCAAACGGAAGUAAACCGAGCGGAAGUAAGCCAAGCAAAAGUAAACCAACCGGAAGUAAUUUGAGCGGAAGUAAUUUGGGCGGAAGUAAGCCUAACAGAAGUAAAUCGAGCGAAAGUAAGCCAAAUGGAAGUAAACCGAAGCCAAAUAAGGAUGAUGCAUAUGGAUAUGUUAGGGCUGUGAAGGAUACAUUUCAUAACGACCGUGGAAAAUAUAAUGAGUUCCUUGCGAUUAUGAGUAAUUUUAAAGCUCGAAGGUAUGUAUAUACAUAA